AUGGGUGAGAACAACUGCAGAAAGAAUAGCGUUGAGAAAGAAGAUUGGCGAGAUGCGGCCGGCGGGGCCCCCGUGAGGUCCCGCCACGCUAUGGGCUCGAACAUCAGCCAGCACUCCGCCAAAGGACUGAAAGGGCGGCGAGCUCGCUCCAGCGGCGACCUCUGCAAUGGCGACACUAAGUCUCAAACAGAAUCGUCAGUGUGCGGAUCUGUGGUGGGCGAUGUUAUGGGCUGGAAUCGGUCCCUGCCAAACCACCUAGACGGCAACCGACAUUUGGCGGACUACAGCCGGGUGAACAACAAUUACGGGGAGUUCGGAACCUAUAACCGCUGCCAUCCCAAGGGCGGACGCGGUCUGCGGUACAGAGUUAGCAAGUCCGGUUCCGACGCAGAACCAGUUUGGAAGCUCCAAGAUCCUGGCUUUGACCAAGGUUACGGUUCAGAACGUUCUCCAGAAGACGAUUACGUACCUCCGAUAGCACCAGCGAUAUCUCUGGAGGCUUACGAAGCGGAACUACGGUCUAUCUACCCAUUCAUCAAUGAUGAAAACUCCUUCACAGUAGUAGUUGAAAAAGAUGGCCGUGGUCUGGGAAUGUCAGUAUGCGGCGGAGGUGGCCUAGUGAGGAUACGAAGACUUUACCCCCCUCAACCAGCGUGGAGGACUGGCAGACUUGCUCCCAAAGACCUACUCCUAUCUGCCAACGGAGUUCCCCUUGCCGGACUUAGCACCUACGAAGCCCUCGAGGUGCUUCGGACGGCGUUGCCUCGGGUGGAGCUGCGCGUGUGUCGGCCGCCAGCAGACGUGCUCGACAGCGUCACGCCGCCGGAGCCGCCGACACCGCCGGCCCGCACCCCACACCCGCCCCACCUCCCGCCGCUAGACCCCCUCAACUGUCACCCUAUGCAUGCCAGACUGUCUCAGACGACGAGCAGCGCGACCACGUCGUCGUCGGAGGGGCGCGGGCGACGCGAGGCGAGCCCGGAGCCCGACCGACGCGACCUGCGACUGCCGGACCUCGACCGACCACUGCCAGUUUACGACGUGCAAUACGGGGAGUUCGAUAUAAUAAUGACCAAAGUGAACGGUUCUUUGGGCUUUACGCUUCGGAAGGAGGACCACAGCGCAUUGGGGCAUUACGUCAGAGCUCUGGUGAGGGAACCAGCACUUAGUGAUGGGAGGAUACAACCUGGCGAUAGGAUUGUUGCUGUGAACGACACAGCGAUGUCUAACAUGUCCCACGCGGAGGCGGUAGCGUUCUUACGAGCGUGUGGCUCCGAGGUGCGCCUGCGCCUGUACCGUGAUCAUGCAGCCACCCCAUUGUCACCAAUGUCACCGAGAGAAGAGCCUACCGAUUCAGACGCGCCUAUGAAUAGGCCUAAACCCCCGCUAAGGCCUGAAGCGGUAUCAAUGUUGUGCGACCUGGCCGCUCGGCGCCUCACCCCUGACGCGGCAGACGGGUCUCGAUCACCCUGUCUCUCACCCCGCAAGUACCGCAAGCUGACCAAGGACAACAACCACUACGAACAGCCCAAUGAUGUUCCAAGUUCCAACAAAGUAGAACACGGUUCGGAACAUAGAGAAGUGGUUCAGGACUCGAGGCGGCCGGUGCGGACUGUGUCCCUCGCCAGCCCCACGGCACCACCCACUUGUAGAAAACAAAAGUUGAGCCUGACAGUGCCUCCCCAUGGAUACGAGUUAAACAAUUUGGACAACGACACUCUGGAUGCUCCGAACGUGUACCAGGAAGACAUGUCACGUCAGAGGUACCCAGAGCCGGUGUUCCCCGUGGACUCUGACGAGCCAGUGUCAAUGCCAGUGGAGCUGCUGAGUGACGAAGCGCGGUUCAAACAUGCAAACCCAGCAUACCAAAGCGCUGUACUCCACACAACCAGCAGUGACGGACAUACUACUAGUUCAGAGGGUCACAAAGAUGAUGGUAAUGGUUUGAAGAAAUGGAAAGGUGUCGCGUUGUCGCCUGACAACGAGCGUAAGGUGAAGACGGAUCCUCCCCCCCAACCCAAACCCAAGGAAACCGAUCCCGUCCAAAAAGAAAACGUCAAACCUGAACCGCCUAUAGAUGACACGUGUAAUGAACCUACGAUCGUAACAGUAGAACUGAAUCGUGGUUGGAACAGUCGGUUGGGUUUUAGUGUUCAGAGUCAUCCGGAGUCGGGGCAAAGCUACAUCUCAGCGGUCUACAAUGACAGCGUCGCUGCUCGUGAUGGCCGACUGAGGCGUGGUGAUGUGAUAUUGCAGGUGAACGAUGAGAACGUGACAUCAAUGAAGACACCAGAAGUGAUCGACCUGCUGCGAAUAUUAAGAGGCUCUAUUUGUAUCACUGUUCUACGGCCACCCAACCCACAGUGAACAAAUAUUAUAUAACAAUUAUAUGGAUGAAGCUCACCCCUAGGCCUCAAAGGAACAGGUCUAGCUGGAGAAGUGCAAGUCGCCCCGUCGGCGAUGCCGAGCUACGGGCGAAAUAUUUAGAAAAACUAAAUCAAGAAAUAUGAAUCUCUAUCCAACAUAAUUCGUCAAUGUACCUUCAUGACAUUUAACAUUCUAUCAAAAUUAAUAAAUUAAACAAAUAAUAAUAUACAACACAUUCGACAUUCGAGAGAAUCUUCACAAUGUUUAUUGGUUUCUUCUUUAAUUUGCAAAGUCGAAUAUUUAAUAUAUUGUGUAUAUCUAUUAUAAACAUUUAAUAUAGAUAGAAGAUUCGGUUAUAUUAUCGUGUAUUUUUUAUAAUAUAUUAUGGAGAUUUUGAAUCAUAGCUUCGUUAUUGAAUCUUACAUGUAUUGUAUAAUGUAUAUAAGCCAUACAUUCUAAUACAUGCUGUUUUGUUAAAGUUCCUAAUAGUGGAUUGUGCUAAACUUCUGCCGUCGUACAUUAUAAAUUUCAUAUACUUGAUAAGUUACCUUAUAAAAUAAUUUAUUUUCGGAAAGAUCUCUGUAGCUAUUUCAUAGACAAUUGAUUAGGAAUAUAUGAAACUAUAUUGAAAUCAUUAUAUUUAUUUAUCUAUCUUACCCGACCAAUAUAGAUAUUCAAAGUUAGUCUACUGAAAUAUAAAAGUAUUCUAUUUUAUUUGAACACAUUGAAAAGGCAAUAAACAGCGUUUAUUUAGACUAAUAUACCUAAUAUAUGAAUAUUAAAAUUAUGGAAGUUUAAAAUUAUUAUAUUCUUAUUAGAAAUUGACUUACAAAGUAGUUUUUAAAUAUAAGAAACAAUUUAAGGCGUCUGGCGGCCUACAAACGUGCAAAGUCCCUUGCCUAAUAAAAAGUAGACUAUGUUAUAGUAGAAAAUAUUAAAAUGUCAUGAAGUAUAGCAUUCCAAGAGGUUAGCCUUUGUAAAUAAUGUAAAGUUAAAAGACAGUUUUCGUAGUCGUUUUGAUGUUACGUUACGGACAAUUGUCAAAUGUAUUGAAUUGCAAAAUGUCGCAUAGGUACGUUUUUAGUAUAUUUAUGGGUGGAUAAUAUUUUGCUCAAAUAUUAUAUUAACUGUAGUCAGACCAUGGUGGAAGCUUUGACAAUUGCGUGUAACGUAUUGUAACCACGUUUUAUUAACAUAUUCGUAGCGCACGAGAUAUUAUCGCGUAGGUUUCAUGGACGCGCAGGUGACGUGUUCCAUGCGAUCUAUACAAAUCUCUGGGCAAUAAUAAUAAAAGUACACAAGUUUGUCAAAAUACGCUAGAAUGACAAACAUUACUAAAACAAUUGAGUUAGAUUGCUAAUAAAAUUUAAAAUUACUGCAUUAUACGCUAUACUUCCUAUAGGCACUGAUUAUAAAUUCUAGUCAAAUCUAAAUUUUAAUUGAAAUUAUUACACAGUUAGCCUUUGAGAAAUAUUAUAUUGAAGUAAAAACAGUAGUUAAAUUAUAUUCUUACAUAAAUAAAUAAAUAAA